GAGGCAGAGCGGGAGCGGGAGCAGUGUGCGCGGGACGCCAGCCCCCGAGCGCGAGAGGCGCCGCCGCUGAGAGCCCCCCGGCCCGCCGCGCCGCGCCGCGCCGCCCCGCCCCGCCCGCGGAGCCCCGGCCGCGGAGCCCCGGCCGCGCAGCCAGCAUGAAGCGAGCCCACCCGGACUACAGCUCCUCGGACAGCGAGCUGGACGAGACCGUCGAAGUGGAGAAGGAGAGCGCGGACGAGAAUGGAAACUUGAGUUCGGCUCUAGGUUCCAUGUCCCCAACUACAUCUUCACAGAUCUUGGCCAGGAAAAGACGAAGAGGCAUCAUUGAGAAGCGCCGACGGGACCGGAUUAAUAACAGUUUGUCUGAGCUCAGGCGGCUGGUACCCAGUGCUUUUGAGAAGCAGGGAUCUGCUAAGCUAGAAAAAGCCGAAAUCCUGCAGAUGACCGUGGAUCACCUGAAAAUGCUGCACACGGCAGGAGGAAAAGGCUAUUUCGACGCGCACGCCCUUGCUAUGGACUAUCGGAGUUUGGGGUUCCGGGAGUGCCUGGCGGAGGUGGCCCGUUAUCUGAGCAUCAUCGAGGGUCUGGAUGCCUCCGACCCGCUUCGAGUUCGGCUGGUCUCCCACCUUAACAACUACGCCUCCCAGCGGGAAGCGGCCAGCGGCGCCCACGCAGGCCUGGGACACCUCCCCUGGGGCAGCGCCUUCGGACACCACCCGCACGUCGCGCACCCCCUGCUGCUGCCCCAGAGCGGCCACGGGAACACUGGCACCAGCGCCUCGCCCACGGAACCGCACCACCAGGGCAGGUUGGCUGCGGCGCAUCCGGAGGCGCCCGCCUUGCGCGCGCCCCCUAGCGGCGGCCUCGGACCGGUGCUCCCCGUGGUCACCUCGGCCUCCAAACUCUCGCCGCCCCUGCUGUCCUCGGUGGCUUCCCUGUCGGCCUUCCCCUUCUCCUUCGGCUCCUUUCACCUCCUGUCUCCCAAUGCACUGAGCCCUUCGGCACCCACGCAGGCCGCAAACCUUGGCAAGCCCUAUAGACCCUGGGGGACGGAGAUUGGAGCUUUUUAAAGACCCGACGCUGUAGGAUGGAGGGAGGGGAACACCUAAAGGCCCAGCUGAGCUGGGCUGUGGCCAACAUCACCUUAAAGUCCUCAGUAAAAGUAAAGAGGAGAAAAGGUACACGUUCAGAUCAAUUUUGUUGAAAGACUAAAGGUUUGUUGGUUUACUUUUUCUUUUUUAAUGUGUUUUUUUUUCUUUUUUAAAAUCAGGUCACGUCUUAGCAGUUUUUAAAAGCUAGUUGUUAAAUUUUGUUCCAAACAUUACAUUGAAAUAGUGAGUAUAAACCAACACUUGGUAAUAGAUUUGUUCUAUGGCUAAUUACUUUGUAAACCUCUCUAAGAAUGAUCCCGUUUUUUUUUUUUUUUUUUUUUUUUUUUUUUGCCUCAAAGUUUUGGGGAUUUUAACAUUUCAUAUUUUGGUCUGUUUUUCCUCUUGUAUAGUUGAAGUCUGUUUUUAGAAUUAAUUUUCCAAACCACUAAGUUCAAUGUUAACAUGAUGCUAUUUGUUAAUAUUUCGACAAUUAAGAUGUUGUAUAAAUAAUAUUCUUCUGCCGGGGUGGGGUGGGGAAUCUAUGUUGAAUUUUAUAUUUCUGAACAAAGCGUUGACAAAUCAGAUGAUCAGCUUUACCCAAGAAAGAAGACCGAAUUAAUUCUCUCUGCCUCCUGCAGCAGUCAGGUGAGUGUAUAAAUCAUCAGGGGCCCUGCUGUCAUCUGCCAGGAUUUGGCAGUCCUGGCUUAGGAGAGAGCCACUUGUAGGUUAGAUCCCCAUUUGGAGUUGGUGGGGAGGAGACUAAAGGUAAUUGCAUAGAAUAUGCCUGCAUUUCCCAGCCCCAAGCAAUGCAAUGAAUUUUCAAUCUCACGGAUCUCAAAUUCACAAGUGUUAACACGGAUAAGUGAUCGCGGGGUGCAAGCCGUCAAUGGAAUAGUCCAGUGGAACCUGUUAAAUGCAUAACCUACUUCUUCCCAGAACCGCUAGGUUUUCUCUUUUAAUUGGAAAUUUUUAUGUUGUAUUUUCCUCUCUGGUGCAUGGAAACGUGGUUGUUGAGAUAUUCAGAAGGGCUUUGCUGCCUUCUUUUGGUUUAAUUUGGUUCAGGCUAUCAAAGCAUCAUUUUACAGGUUUAUUCUUUUAGCAGGUGUAAUUUAAAUGACCUCCACUGAACUGGGUUUGACCUCUGUUAUACUGAUGUGUUGUGACUAAAUAAAAAAGGAAGAACAAACUA